AUGGGCGAUCAAGGAGACUCAAGCGCUUCUGCUCAACCUAGCCAUGAGAACAUUUCCAUGGCAAAUGUGAGAGAUAAGGAAACAGCGGAAAGACCGACCGAGCAACCGGCGGAGAACAAUGCUCAGGCAAAGGCAAAAGAAAGGAUGGAAAGGUUCAAGGCUCUCAAGGCUCGCGCAAAAAAUUCCGCUGAGCGAAACCUGAAGGACGCCGCUGCCGAAUCCCAAAGACUUGCGACUGAUCCCAAGCUUCUCACCUCCUUAUCACGAAAGCAAGCUAUUGCGUCGCAUAAUCUCUUGAAAGCAGAUACCGAGGCUUCUGGUGAAGAUUUCGAGCGCAAGCGAGCCUGGGACUGGACUGUAGAGGAAUCAGAGAAAUGGGAUCGAAGGAUGGAGAAAAAGCAGCGGCAUCGGGGGCAAGUUGCUUUCCAGGACUAUCGCCAGGAAGCAAAUAAGGUGUACAAACGCCAGCUGCGAGAGAUGAAACCGGACGUUUCAAGUUACGACAAGCAGAAGACAGACGCCGUCCGAAAGGCUGCUCAGACCGGUGGCUUGGAAGUCGUCGAGACGGAAGACGGAGAACUUGUGGCUAUUGACCAGGACGGCACCUUCUACUCGACUGCUGAUAGCACCGAUUUUACCCAAAACAAACCCGACAAAGCUGCCGUGGAUCGCUUAGUCAACGAGAUGAGGAAGGCCGAGGAGGUGCAAAUGAAGAAGAGAAGAGACAGAGGUCGGGGAGACGAUGAUGGUGAUGUUACUUUCAUCAAUGAAAAGAACAAGCAGUUCAACCUCAAACUGGGUCGCUUCUACAACAAGUACACGGCAGAUAUUCGUGAUAGCUUUGAGCGGGGUACAGCUAUGUAA